GCGUCAAUCAGCAAGGUAAACGUAACAGAACCAUGGCUCAGUUUCCAACACCUUUUGGUGGUAGCCUGGACAUCUGGGCCAUAACUGUGGAGGAAAGAGCCAAGCAUGAUCAACAGUUCCAUAGUCUGAAGCCGAUAUCUGGAUUUAUCACUGGUGAUCAAGCAAGGAACUUUUUUUUUCAAUCUGGGUUACCUCAGCCUGUCUUAGCGCAAAUAUGGGCACUAGCUGACAUGAAUAACGACGGAAGAAUGGAUCAAGUGGAGUUUUCCAUAGCUAUGAAGCUUAUCAAACUGAAGCUCCAAGGAUAUCAGCUGCCCUCUGCACUUCCCCCUGUCAUGAAGCAGCAGCCAGUUGCUAUUUCUAGUGCACCAGCAUUUGGUAUAGGAGGAAUUGGUAGCAUGCCACCACUUACAGCCGUUGCUCCAGUGCCAAUGGGCUCCAUCCCCGUUGUUGGAAUGUCUCCACCCUUAGUAUCUUCUGUUCCUCCAGCAGCAGUGCCUCCCCUGGCCAACGGGACGCCUCCCGUCAUCCAGCCUCUGCCUGCAUUUGCUCAUCCCGCAGCCACAUUGCCAAAGAGUUCUUCCUUCAGCAGAUCUGGUCCAGGGUCUCAGUUAAACACUAAGUUACAGAAGGCACAAUCAUUCGAUGUAGCCAGUGCCCCUCCAGCAGCAGAAUGGGCCGUGCCUCAGUCCUCGAGACUGAAAUACAGGCAGUUAUUCAACAGCCACGACAAAACGAUGAGUGGACACUUAACAGGUCCCCAGGCAAGAACUAUUCUUAUGCAAUCAAGUUUACCCCAGGCUCAGCUGGCUUCAAUAUGGAAUCUUUCUGACAUUGAUCAAGACGGAAAACUCACAGCAGAAGAAUUUAUCCUGGCUAUGCACCUAAUUGAUGUUGCCAUGUCUGGCCAACCCCUGCCACCUGUUCUGCCUCCAGAAUACAUUCCUCCUUCCUUUAGAAGGGUUCGCUCCGGCAGUGGGAUGUCCGUCAUAAGCUCUUCGUCUGUGGAUCAGAGGUUGCCCGAGGAGCCGGCUUCAGAGGAUGAGCAGCAGUUAGAGAAGAAGCUACCCGUAACAUUUGAGGACAAGAAGCGGGAGAAUUUUGAACGUGGCAAUCUGGAGCUGGAGAAGCGCAGGCAAGCCCUCCUGGAGCAGCAGCGCAAAGAGCAGGAGCGUUUGGCUCAGCUGGAGCGCGCCGAGCAAGAGAGGAAAGAGCGGGAGCGCCAGGAACAGGAGCGCAAAAGACAGCUGGAGCUGGAGAAGCAGCUGGAGAAGCAGCGGGAACUGGAGCGGCAGAGAGAGGAGGAAAGGAGGAAAGAAAUCGAGAGGCGAGAGGCCGCAAAACGGGAACUUGAACGGCAGCGACAACUUGAAUGGGAGCGGAACCGGAGACAAGAACUCCUGAAUCAGAGGAACAAAGAGCAGGAGGGCAUUGUCGUCCUGAAGGCGAGGAGGAAGACUCUGGAGUUCGAGUUAGAAGCUCUGAAUGACAAAAAGCAUCAGCUAGAAGGAAAACUUCAGGAUAUCAGAUGUCGACUGACAACCCAAAGGCAGGAAAUUGAGAGCACAAACAAGUCGAGAGAGCUGAGAAUUGCCGAAAUCACCCACUUACAGCAGCAACUACAGGAAUCUCAGCAAACGCUUGGAAGACUUAUUCCAGAAAAACAGAUACUCAAUGACCAAUUAAAGCAAGUUCAGCAGAACAGUUUGCAUAGAGAUUCGCUUCUUACCCUCAAAAGAGCCUUGGAAGCCAAAGAGCUGGCCCGGCAGCAGCUCCGAGAACAGCUGGACGAGGUGGAGCGAGAGACCAGGUCAAAGCUACAGGAGAUCGAUGUCUUCAACAACCAGCUGAAGGAACUAAGAGAAAUACACAGCAAGCAGCAGCUGCAGAAACAGAAGUCCAUCGAGGCAGAGCGGCUGAGGCAGAAGGAGCAGGAGCGGAAGAGCCUAGAGUUAGAGAAGCAAAAGGAAGAAACUCAGAGACGAGCUCAGGACAGGGACAAGCAGUGGCCGGAGCACGUGCAGCAGGAGGAACAUUCACGGCCACGGAGACCCCACGAGGAGGACAAACUGAAAAGGGAAGAGAGUGUCAAAAAGAAGGAGGGCGAAGAGAGAGCCAAACCGGAAGCACAGGACAAGCUGAGUCGGCUUUUCCAUCCGCAUCAAGAUCCGGCUAAGCCAGCUGUCCAAGCACCCUGGUCUACCACAGAGAAAGGCCCGCUUGCAAUUUCUGCGCAGGACAACGUCAAAGUGGUGUAUUACCGAGCGUUGUACCCCUUUGAAUCCAGAAGUCAUGAUGAAAUCACAAUCCAGCCGGGUGAUGUAGUCAUGGUGGAUGAAAGCCAAACUGGAGAGCCAGGGUGGCUUGGAGGAGAACUGAAAGGAAAGACAGGAUGGUUCCCUGCAAACUAUGCAGAGAAGAUUCCAGAAAAUGAGGUUCCCACUCCAGCCAAACCAGUGACUGAUCUGACAUCUGCCCCUGUCCCCAAACUGGCUCUGCGUGAGACCCCCGCUCCUUUGCCAGUGGCCUCCUCUGAGCCCUCUACAACCCCCAACAACUGGGCAGACUUCAGUUCCACGUGGCCCACCAGCACAAGCGAGAAACCGGAAACGGAUAACUGGGAUGCAUGGGCAGCCCAGCCUUCUCUCACUGUGCCCAGCGCUGGCCAGUUAAGGCAGAGAUCGGCCUUUACACCAGCCACAGCCACUGGCUCAUCCCCAUCUCCCGUCCUGGGCCAGGGUGAAAAAGUGGAAGGGCUGCAAGCACAAGCCCUGUAUCCUUGGAGAGCCAAAAAAGACAACCACUUAAAUUUUAACAAAAAUGAUGUCAUCACCGUUCUGGAACAGCAAGACAUGUGGUGGUUUGGAGAAGUUCAAGGUCACAAGGGUUGGUUCCCCAAGUCUUACGUGAAACUCAUUUCAGGUCCCGUCAGGAAAGCUUCAAGCAUCGAUACUGGCCCUGCAGAAAGUCCUGCUAGCCUAAAGAGAGUGGCUUCCCCGGCAGCCAAGCCAGCCGUUCCUGGAGAAGAAUUUAUUGCCAUGUACACUUACGAGAGUUCUGAGCAAGGAGAUUUAACCUUUCAGCAAGGGGAUGUGAUUUUGGUUACCAAGAAAGAUGGUGACUGGUGGACGGGCACGGUGGGCGACAAGUCCGGAGUCUUCCCUUCUAACUAUGUGAGGCUUAAAGAUUCAGAGGGCUCUGGAACUGCUGGGAAAACAGGGAGUUUAGGAAAAAAACCUGAAAUUGCCCAGGUUAUUGCUUCCUACACUGCUACUGGUCCUGAACAACUCACCCUGGCUCCUGGUCAGCUGAUUUUGAUCCGGAAAAAGAACCCAGGUGGAUGGUGGGAAGGAGAACUGCAGGCUCGAGGGAAAAAGCGCCAGAUAGGCUGGUUCCCAGCAAAUUAUGUCAAACUUCUAAGCCCUGGAACAAGCAAAAUCACCCCAACCGAGCUACCCAAGUCUGCAGCGCUGCCGGCAGUGUGCCAAGUGAUCGGGAUGUACGAUUACACCGCACAGAACGAUGACGAGCUGGCCUUCAGCAAGGGCCAGAUCAUCAACGUCCUCAACAAGGAGGACCCCGACUGGUGGAAAGGAGAAGUCAACGGGCAGGUCGGGCUCUUCCCAUCCAAUUAUGUGAAGCUGACCACGGACAUGGACCCAAGCCAGCAAUGGUGCUCAGACUUACACCUCUUAGAUAUGCUGACCCCGACUGAGAGGAAACGACAAGGCUACAUCCAUGAACUCAUUGUCACAGAGGAGAACUACGUGAAUGACCUGCAGUUGGUCACGGAGGUCUUUCAGAAACCCCUGAUGGAGUCUGAGCUGCUGACAGAAAAAGAGGUUGCUAUGAUUUUUGUUAACUGGAAGGAGCUGAUCAUGUGUAAUAUCAAACUGCUGAAAGCACUGAGAGUCCGUAAGAAGAUGUCCGGAGAGAAGAUGCCCGUGAAGAUGAUCGGCGACAUCCUGAGUGCCCAGCUGCCCCACAUGCAGCCCUACAUCCGCUUCUGCAGCUGCCAGCUCAAUGGGGCUGCCCUCAUCCAGCAGAAGACCGACGAGGCCCCCGACUUCAAGGACUUCGUCAAAAGACUGGCAAUGGACCCUCGGUGCAAAGGGAUGCCACUGUCCAGUUUUAUCCUGAAGCCUAUGCAGCGCGUCACGAGAUACCCGCUGAUCAUUAAAAAUAUCCUAGAAAACACCCCUGAAAACCACCCCGACCACAGCCACUUGAAGCAUGCCCUGGAGAAGGCAGAAGAACUGUGUUCCCAGGUGAACGAGGGGGUGCGAGAGAAGGAAAACUCGGACCGGCUGGAGUGGAUCCAAGCCCACGUGCAGUGUGAGGGCCUUUCUGAGCAACUGGUGUUCAACUCAGUGACCAACUGCUUGGGGCCACGCAAGUUUCUGCACAGCGGGAAGCUCUACAAGGCCAAGAGCAACAAGGAGCUCUAUGGCUUCCUCUUCAACGACUUCCUCCUGCUGACCCAAAUCACAAAGCCCUUAGGCUCUUCCGGCACCGACAAAGUCUUCAGCCCCAAAUCUAACUUGCAGUAUAAAAUGUACAAAACGCCUAUUUUCUUAAAUGAGGUCCUAGUAAAAUUGCCCACCGACCCUUCUGGGGACGAGCCCGUCUUCCACAUUUCCCACAUUGACCGAGUCUACACCCUCCGAGCAGAGAGCAUAAAUGAAAGGACUGCCUGGGUGCAGAAAAUCAAAGCCGCCUCUGAGCUCUACAUAGAGACGGAGAAAAAGAAGCGCGAGAAGGCAUACCUGGUCCGUUCCCAGCGAGCGACCGGCAUUGGAAGGCUGAUGGUGAACGUUGUAGAAGGCAUUGAAUUGAAGCCCUGUCGGUCACAUGGAAAGAGCAACCCAUACUGUGAGGUGACCAUGGGCUCUCAGUGCCACAUCACCAAGACGAUCCAGGACACGCUGAACCCCAAGUGGAACUCCAACUGCCAGUUCUUCAUCCGAGACCUGGAGCAGGACGUCCUCUGCAUCACCGUGUUCGAGAGGGACCAGUUCUCGCCCGACGACUUUUUAGGUCGGACAGAGAUCAGAGUGGCUGACAUCAAGAAAGACCAGGGCUCCAAGGGGCCAGUUACAAAAUGUCUCCUGCUGCAUGAGGUCCCCACGGGAGAGAUUGUGGUCCGCCUUGACCUGCAGUUGUUUGAUGAACCAUAGCAGUCCCGGGAUGAUCAUAGAGGACUUCCUUCUCAAGGCCCCUCACACUGUCUGCUGAUCAGUCCCGGGGCAACAGGGACAGCAAAGACAAAGUCCCUCAAGGCUACUAGGAGUAGUUCUCGACAAUCCUGCCCUUCAAACCAUGUCCCAUUUUAUGAAUCCAAAUUCUCUUUUCCUUUGUCCUCAGUAUAGGUCCCAUCAUGGUUUCUAGAGUCUCAGAAAUCCACAACCUUGAACUAGGUUCCCUUGGGAGCCCGGAUUCUUCUCCGGGCCAAGGCAUGGGUCUGGCUACUACAGAGUAGAUUUAUAAACGUGGGGGCUGUAUUUUGGAGAACUUGUGUAGGCCUCCUAUUUCUCACCUCUAGCAGCCCCUUUGCAGACUCCCUGACCUAUGAAGCCCCGUGUGUGGUGCGUUUAGUCCGGUUAUGACAGAAUUGCUGCUUUGGAGUCCAGCCUCCACUGGGAAAUGGGGCCCGGGAUUGAUUGCUCAGUAUAAUGGCUCCUAAGGCAGGCACCUGCUUGGCCCCCUGGAAAGCUGUUAUUGGAAGAUUCUCAAGUGUGCAUUAGAGUUGUUCAGACCUCGAUUAGUUAUCAGCGAAAACGCACUGGUGCACAUGGGAUGGUUCAAGAUGUGCUUGGAGAAUGGUUCUGGAAGCUCAUCUAUGAAGUUCUGUCCUGUUGAGUUAGAUCCACUUCGGGUCCCUGGGAAGCCUUGAUGCCAUGAAGUUCCUUACCUACGAAGUUUUGCCCUGAUGAGCUAAAUCUACUGCGGGGCACUUGGAAGGCUCGAUGACAUUAUUGAGUCCUGGUUGCCGGCUAUUCUUGGAACAUUCUCUUUGGCCUUGGAGACCCUGUGAUGUUUCUGAGAAGGUCUGUCUGGUGAGCAGCCCGAGCUUCCCGCAGCAGCCUUUAGUGCUCAGCCCAGGAGGUCAUGCCUUACGUGGAUGAAGUUUGAAACAGAAAGGAUUCAAGAUGGAACUGGGAGAUGGUGGGAGCUGCCAAGAAAAUCCAUUACUUGGUGUGGGAAGGGGGAAAGACCAUGGGAACACGUGGGCCCCACACAUGGGGUAGGAAGAUGGGAAACUCUCCCCUAAGCUUUCUCGGGCACACACCAAUUUUUUAAUAAUAGAAACACAGGCACUUUUUUUUUUUUUGCCAGAGUCAGGGUGUGUAGACCAAGCUUUUAGUCUGAGCACUUCAGGUUUUCUUUUCCUUAAAUGCUAAGAGGUAGGUUGGUUAAGUAGAUAAUGACUUACUUUGCUGAUGGAAAGUGUGGGCCGAGUUUUGUUCCCGUGGUCGCGUUCUCAUGACCAGUCUGUGGUCAUGAGUGUUCUUUGCAUGUCUCUGGAUUCUGGCCUCAGGUUCUUUUGGGUUAGGUGGGGGUCUUUUCUGUGCUAGGUCCUCAGGAUUGUUCUAGAAGUCUCUUGUAAGUGAUAGUGUGCCCGUGUCAGAAUAACUACUCUACUGAAAACUGAACGCUUCAUGUGACCUCAUGCCUACAGGUCCCUGUCCAUGUAUGUGUGUCACGUGAUUUUUCAAAAAAUGUAUGUGGGAAAGGACAACAAAGUUUACAUUUCAUACUUCCGAGAAACACUUACUAUUUAUUUAUUGAAGAUAGUGUUGACUUUUGUAUCAAGAACAACAGACAUACCUAUUUUAUUUUUAAACACACCAAUAAACUCUUCCGUUAGCAGCUUCUAGCCGAACACGAGCUAGAUUUAGUUAGCUUCAGGCAUGUACUGGCUUACCACUUCCCAGCAGAAAACACUCAAAACGCUUCACGUUUGUGCUUUUUAUGUUAUUAAGAAACUGUUUUAAAUGAAACAUGUAAAUCGAUCCAUAACUCAUGCUUCCCUGUUUCUAUGCCCAGGAGGCUUUGCUCGGUGUAUUGAUGAAGGACAUGUUCCCAUAGUGUGAAAAACAAGUGUUGAGUGUGCAAAUGGCCAGGGUUGAGCCACCAUUCUGUUGAUCCUCCCUUCUGUCCCUUAGCCCCCUUUCCCUUCAUCGACUUUAUUUUCAGGUUAAUGUUGAACGUCCAUAUUCCUGUAGGAAGUCUGAGGCAUGCAUGGUGGCCCCUGUAGGUCCUAGGUUACCCUCUCACAGAAUCCCAUGGUUGUAGCAUGUCUGUGGGUCUUUUCCCCAGGUGACUCUACUGGGCAUCCUUGGGGGUGAUCCUGGGAGCUGACAAAUCUGGAUUAGUGUCCUUGUAUCUGCUACUGUCAUUUGUCAUGAGUGAGCGUACUUCUGGAUGAGUCGGGCUGGCCCUCAGACCCAGCUAUGACUCCAGAGUCCUGCAGGGGAGUCCCGCUGUGAUCCAUGGGCGACAGAGCCACAAACCCUUGAUUCUCCACUUCUUCACGUCUCCCUUUUAGAACAGCCAGGCUGCAUUUCAUAUAAAUGGCAUGUCCUUGCCAACAAGAGAUCUGAACCCCAGCUGUAUGCAGUGUUUGUCCAGGCUAUGCCUCCUGGCAUCCUGAUGCUAGCCCUUCAAACCUCCCCCCCACCUCGAGGCAUUCUCCUCUGUGAGCCACACUGCCAGUACCUCCCACACUCUGACCUCCUCUCCCUCAGGAAGGGGCUCUCCUGGGAAGUGGCUACGCUCUGACCCUGAGAGCAUUGAGGACCAAAGCUCCUACGCUGGGUUUUCUUUACGAACCACUUGUCCCAAGGGGUCAAGUCUGACCUCUGAGGCAGGGCUGAUAUUUUGUCCCCCUAGCAGGUGGACAGAUAGCUUUAUCUCUUGGGACCAGAUUUGCUGUGUCCACCAGAGUUUGGAGACAUAUGUAAUUUGUUCAGGUCUAGGUCUGCCCUGGCUGGAAUGAGAGAUCUUUCUAGACUGUAGCCACCAGGAGUGCUAGACAGCGGGGAUGCCGUCAUCAGCUGUUUGUAUAAUAUGUUCCUGUCCUUGGACAACAAACAAAAAAACCAUUCUUCCCAAAGAACUCUAAUGGGAAAUGGACAUUUUUCUUCCUUGUUUUGAGACAGGACCUCACUGCAUAGCCUAAGCCGGCCUUGGAUUUAGGAUCCUCCUGCCUUAGCCUCCUAUGUGUUGAAAUUACAAGUGUGUACCACUGUGCUCAGCUGUCUUCAAUUUUAUAAACAAAGGUAUGACUUCAGUAUAUAAGGAGACUUGAUUUCCCCUGGGAGGAUUGACCUGCACUGGAAACAAACAUCCCAAGAGAAAGCGGAUCAGUGGAUCACGGGCAUUGCUUGUUACCUUUCUGUUUGUUUGCUUGUUUUUCAAGACAGGAUUUCUCUGGCUAACUCCGGCUGUCCUGGAACUCACUCUGUAGACAAGGCUAACCUUAAACUUCAAGAGACCCACCUGCCUCUGCCUCCCGAGUGAUAGAGUUAAAGGCGUGCACCACCAUGCCCUGUACUUGUUAUCCUGACUUGGUGCCAACCUGAGUCCUAGAGGUGGCUCCAGGAGGCCAAGGGCUUUGGUAAUUUCAGGUUGGUCUUCCCAGGUGAUGCAGCCGCGACCUCCGCAGGAGCUGGCUGGGCAGGAGUAGAAUUUAGUGACCUCAGAGCAUCCAGGGGGAGUCCAGAAUCUCAUGAGUCUGAAAUCCAGGGCAAAUGGACAGGGUCUCUCUGGCUUUAUUUGCAAGCUGAAGUACCUGAGUUGGCUGAGACCACAAUGGAGAGGCGAAGAGAGGCAGCCUGCACACCAAGGACCUGUGGUCUAGCUGCUCGGCUGUUUUGAGUCCUAGAAGAGGUUGAAAGUGUGUUAGACUCUUUCUCUCUGCCUUUCCUUCCGGGGUUCAGGCCUGCUGUAGUUCUGGCGUCCCUGCUUCUGCCUCCUCUCUCCUGGGGCUGAAUUCUUGUGUCUUUUCUUUGUUUCCAUCCGUUCUCCCCGGAGACACACUGACGAUGACAUGUCUGGGGAUGCUAUCUGGUUAGGCUCAUGUUCCGGGACAGAACUCAGGGCAGAAGUUGGUUUGUGUGAGUGAUGGACACUUCUUUAAGAGAGUUCUGCCCUUGCUGGACUAGUAGGCAACAGCAAGGUGUCCCGGUGUGGGUACUGAAGAUGCCAACCUGUGCCCCCUACUCCUUUUGUGCACAGUUUGCUUUAAGGAGGGCCAGUGCUUGACUUUUUCCAGCUACAUUAAUUACCUACCUGCCUAGGGUCUGUACCUGCAGGGGGCCAGGGAUGCAAGGUCAAGGUAAGGCUGGGAAGCAGAAGGAAAAAGGGAAGAGGGAAAGAAGGCAGGGAGGAGGGAGAGGGGGGAGGAGAAAGAGAGGGACAGGCAGUCAAAAGAGAUCUUGGAGCAGGCUUGUGCUAGCUCUUUAAGCACCCGGGCCUCUCAGGCUAUGACGCCAGGUGAGAGCUGCGUGGAGGUUAAUGGCGCCCACUGCCAUGCACUCCUUUUAGGAGUUAAAGGACCACAUCUUUGGGGAGGAGACUCGCCACCCCUGCCACCCCUGCAUGCCAGGCAGUCAUAUUUCUGAAGAUGUAAUUUAGCCCUCUCUCCUUGUCACAGAGGCACACCUCCGGUGUAGCCGCCUUCUGAACGGCAAGUUCCUGUGAGCUCUUGGGCACUGUAUUCUGUUUUGAAUGACCCCUAUUUAUGAACGUUGCCCUAUGAUGGGCUGGUCAAGGAAACUAAAUACUUCCUGGUAGCUCUGACUCGGAAUAAACCGCUGGCUGGUUGCCAAGGGAUUCAUCUUUCCUGCUCCCCGAUACCUGGAAAGCAGUUGCUAGUUCCGGGCUGCUUCCUCCCAAGGCACCGCAUGAGGUUUCUUUUUGUAGGUUACCAGGGCCAACUAUGAUGUAUAAUAACUUCACCUCUGUAAGAGCCAGGAAAGGUUCUGUCCGUGAGAAGCAUGGAAAACACCACCCAUGAGAAAGAUGGCCGUGAUCUCAGGUUCUCUAACUUGAGAACAUUAAAACUCAGAUGCCAGCGCACUGCCCGUCUACAAUCAGGAGCGCUAAUGCGGUCAGCAAUGCUAAAGGUGUGCUGUUCUUUCAGGGGGUCGUCCUUUCUGUCCAGGGUACGCCCAGGGGGCUGGGAGUCAGAGAAGCCAUCUUUUUGACUUUCAAGUCAACAUGUAAAUCUAAUUUUAAGUCAUUUUAAUAACAUAAAAUCCACGUUCCAUGACUGGGGAGAUGGCUCCAUCAGUAAAGCGCUUGCCGUGCAAACCCGAGGACCUGAGUUUGAUCCUCUGCACCCACGUCAAAACGCCAGAUGCAGCAAUAUGUACCGGUAAUCCCAGUGCUGGGAAGGCCCUGACAAGAGGAUCCUUGACUGUGUUCCCUGGGGGGCUGGCUGAACUGGCUAGUGAGUUAUAGUGAGAAACCCUGUCUUAAAGGAUAAGGUGCAGAGCUAUGGGGGAAGACAGCGCUGGAAUCUGGGGGUCCGUGUGCAAGAGCUCCCGAACUAACAUAAGCGCAUAUACACAUGGUGGGUAUCUUAGUGUUCAAGGGGCACCGAGGAGAGUUGCAUUUAGAAGUGGGCUUAUUCUGUCAGCUUUCAAAAUACCCAUCAUCCCUCUGGGAUUUCUGGAGAACUGAUCAGGGACCAAGGCUCCUUUUUGUGCCAUGGAGAUGCCUCUUUCCUUCUAGAACCGUCUUCUACUUACCAUUCGCAAGACUACCAUCCUGUGAUUUUCUGCCUCUCCAGCAAUGCUCUUUUGCCAUUCUCGGCUCAAACUCAGAUUUCUUAUUUCCUCUUGUUCUUGGUAAAAACAGAGUGGGGACCCCAGAAACAUAGGAGCCAACGUCGGUGUGGUGGCUCGCGCGGCAGAAGCUGCCUUCCCCUUUGCAGUUUCUCCAGGGUCCUGCGGCUCCUAGAUUGUUCUGUUGGCAGGUCCCGGGGUGCUGGCUCCCCCUGCUGCCACUUUACAGCAUUGCUCCUGUGUGACUCAGAAGGAAGUGGCUAGAGAGAACGACAGAGAAAGGGCUAGAACCUGGUAGGUGAGUGAGCGCACCUAGCCGAACAAUGAGUGUUGAAAGUUGGCAUGAACCCAAAGCUUCUGGGCACAGUGAGGUGGUUUUCCUGCCUGCUGGCGCUGGGACUUGCCAGAAGCACCUCCUUGACUUCCUCACCUUUUCUGUGUCUAAAUCCGAGGAGAACUUUGCUACUCAGUUCUCCACAGAAAAGGGCUGACUGCCUGAAGGAGACCUCUGUUCCCACAGGACUUCUAGAAGUCAGUUGAACAGCAGAGUGUCUACCCUAAGACUUCAACUUCUGAUAUUUUAAGUGGCAAACGGUGAGAUGUAGUCACUGGUUGCAUGAUGUGUGUCUGUGAGUGAGUGUGUAUGGCUGUGUGUCCUGCUGAAGGAGACAGGUAAUGCGUUGAGCACGCUUCCCCGCGCUGCAUUCACGACCAGUGUGGGCCAGGUGCAAAAAUAAAAAUUGUGACUUCCCUGUCCCAAACGAUUGGGGAUUUCAGUAGUGACGGCAAAGGCUUGAGCUGUCUGGGUCCUGCUGAGUGUGGAGCGUGAGUUGUCUAGGCCCCACACCCUGGAUCUGCUUUGACUGCACUGUAAAUGUAGAAGGGCUUCUCUGUGUCUCUUUCCUUUGGAAAGAUCUCCCUGGCAGGCUGUGUAGAGCUGGGGUAGUAAUGCCAUCUCUCCUUUCCUCUCGGCUCCCUUCCUUUUUUUUUUUUUCUUUUAUCUUCUUUGCAGUGCUAAGGAUCAAAGCUAGGGCCUCAUGCAUACUCAGAAAGUGAUCUAUUUUUCAACAUGCCAUUCUUUUAUCUCUUGAAAUUACAAACAGUCUGGGAUAAUUAGAGCGCGCCGAACCCCAGCUCACAAUCGCAAGCACCCCUGACUGGAUGGGGGUUGUCAAUGGAUGGUUGAUGCUUUCUCAGGUCCCAGUCUGGGCUGUGUCGCUGAACAGCAAGUGGCUUUGAGCCUUCUAAAGUGAAUUCUCCGCCUUGAAAUAAAGCCUUUCCCUUAGCCACCAGUCAGGCUACCAAUCUCUGGAGAGGAAGAGUGGUUGGAGCCAGGAGCCUCUCUGUCCUAGAGGCCAAGUGUCUGAGAUUUUGUUUCUGAGAGGCAGGGCCCUCACAUGCUAGAUCCCCCCCUUGUGGCUUGUGUGUGGCUCUUGGGUGAUGUUAGUAAAGGAGAAAACCUGCUGUGUGUUAGCCCCUGAGUUCUAGAAGACCAGGGCUCCAGGAAGACCAGUGUGUGUGUGUUGCUGUGCUGUAUAGCUUUCCUUGUAUUGGAUGCUGUAAACCCUCGGAGGCUCUGUUUGCCUUUUGCAGAUGUAGUCCCAAAUCUACACAUGUAGAGCAAUAAUCUUUCUCAAGUCUCUUGAUUCCCUUCCUGUAAUUCUAGCUCCAGAGAUGGAGACAGGAGGAUCAGGAAUUUAGGGCCAACCUCAGUUGUAGAGGAGUUCAAGGCCGGCUGGGCUUCAUGAGACCCUAUCUCAAAACUAAAACCACGAAAACUGAGGAGGAGAAGAGAGACAGAAGGUCUGCCUGUCGUGGAUUUAAGUCACCUUAAAGAAAAGCAGACUGUUUCCGUGGCCACGCUCCGUAGAGACACCUGACCACCUCCGGCAUCGGCAUCCAUUUUAAUGGCUGUUUUAGAACACACUUCAUUAAUCAGCAUUCUCAAACCAUCACUUGCUGAGUGUUCUCCAAAGGUCUCAAUGGUUAGAUGUGCAUUUAAAGGAGCCCUUGUUGUUAAUGGCCCCAAGUAUCUUGGAACUGAGAGAGCGGCCUCAGAUCUGGUCCACACAGCCCACUGGGAGCCCGAGUCCUUUCCCCUGUGACGGCUCCUCGUACAGGGGAGUGAGCUGCCAUUCACCGGUUUGUACUGUCUUAGCUCUGCAGCUUUGCAGCCUCACACACGCCGAUGAGGGGCAUACACACCUGUACAGAGGCGAGAAGCCUCCACCAAAUGACCUGUGUCUAACAGCUCACAGCUCCUAGGUUUCUGCAUCUAAUGCAGUUUCCAACAAAGACAAAGACAGCAAUCCACUGCAUAACGUGAAAUGACUGUGCUCUGUGUGUGGUUCGUCCUGACAUCUCUGCUGUAUGUUUUUGGGGAAUGACGAUUAUAUGUAUAUACCGUAUGUAAGAGGCUAUGCUGCCCAAUGUUGCGUAAACUUAACAGAUUCUCUAGUCUGAAUAUUUAACUUGUUAUUGUAAAAUGUGAUUUCUCAUUGAGAGAUUAUUUUUCUGUAUGUAUAUGAGAGUAUUUUAGGAAUCUAAUUUAAGUGCAUAAACUAUAGAAGAAACCUAAAACCAUACUCCAGGAGUAGCGAUGCCUGAUCGGAUCACUUGGGUUCAACCCAACUCAAUUUUAUUAAAAGACAAAUCCAAGUUGAA